UCUGCGCGCCCCUCCCUCUUUCUCUGUCUGCUUUACCUACGCCUGGGCCCGUCCGCAUCUCAUCCAAACCUGACUCUCCCCAAAACGCUAUUCCUCCGGUAAUCCUCCGUGUGAAAGCUCGGGACUCGUGUGUGGAUUUCCUAAGAUAAACUCGGCUCCAGCGCGCGGAAAAGCGGAGGCGCCUUUUCCGUUCAAACGAUGCCAAGAAUUUGACAUCACUGACCCCUCUGACCUACCUGGAAUCCCCCUCCUUUCAAAAAUGCGCUCGAGCGUGGACGCCGCCAUGAGCCAAAACGGCCGCCACAGCACCGCCACCAGCACCACCGUCAACAACGCCAACACGGGGAACUCGGGCUCCCAGUACGCCCUCUGUGCCCUGGGCGUGGGGCUGGUGGCGCUGGGCAUCGUCAUGAUUGUGUGGAGCGUCGUGCCAGUUGAUCCCCCUAGCAACAACAGCGUGAACUACGAUCCCGACCCGACCGGGAAGAAGAGCAAAGCGUCGUCCGUGGCGUUCGUUUUGGUCGGGUCCGGGGUGGCGGUGCUGCUUCUGUCCAUGUGUUUGGGAAUGAGGAACAAGCAGAGGGAGCAGCAGUAUCUACAGCAGCAGCGACAGGCUCAGACCCAAGCGGCUACAGGGCAAACUGACGCUGAAACAGCCGAGGAGCAGGCCCAGCGCUACGCCGUGCCCACCUACGAGGAGGCGGUUGGCAGCGGGCAGUACCCGGUCCGACAGAGCAACCUGCGCCCCAGCGUCUCCCAGCUGCCCUCCUACGAAGACCUGGUGCCCCCGGACAACCUGCAGUACGAGUCCGAGGGAGCCAGCGCCAACACCAUCACCGCCACCGUAAACGAGCAGCCCGCAAACGCCAACCGCAAACUGGGUAAAAACAAACUCCUGCCCAUCAAGAUUCGAAGGAUAAAAUCGGAAAAAAUCCGCAUCAAUGACGGCGAAAUACCCCAAGCGCCAACGCACAUAAGUAUAGAACCGCUAACCCCGCCGCCACAGUAUGAAGACAAAGUGCCUCCGCUUUAAACGUUGGUAAUAUUUGUGUUUGAAAUUUCAAUCAUCUGCCAUUUUGAGCCGAGACUUUGACUAUGGACAAACCAAAUGGCACUUUAUAUAAAACGAUAUCUUGAAACACAGCACCAGACUUUUUCAAAGCACUGAAUGGUUAAAAAGGAAAUUACGGACAGCAGAUAGUGCCAAAAGACAAUGAAAAUUCAAGUGCACUUUUAAGCUGGACUUUACGGUAAUGAGAGAAGCAAACGGCAAGGAUAUAAGCUUUUGCACCAAACUUCACCAGCUUGACGGAUUCUGUGCUCUUUUUCGCUGUUUUUCUUUAAGUAAAGGCAAAAAUAUGGGAUGUUUGAAACUCUAAGAACUUGGUUUGCACACACAAAAUCAGGGCUGACCCCAAUUUACUUUUAAAAAUGAAAUAAAUGGAUAAUAAUUGCAUGUUUUUAUAGAAUUCAGUUGAUUCUGACAAAGAGUAUUGGACAAAUUCAGAUUUUAUGCCAGAUAUUUGCUAAAUACUUCAUCAUAAUUCAACAUAUUUUAUCCAAGAUGCCCUUCUUGGAUACUUGCAGAAUACUAAAUCAUAUGUCAACAUAAAAUUUUAUGCCAGAUUCUAGGGAUGUAACAAUAACCAAAAUAUCGUGAUAUUGUAUCGUCAAAAGUCUCACAAUAUAUCGAAUUACAAAAUCCUUUGUUUAAAUGCAUUGUUUUGUGGUACCAAUAGCUAAUAAACAUCAAAAACUACAUAUCCCAUGAUGCAUUUCAGUGCAGACAACAUGAAUAAAUAUGUUUUACUUGAAUUCUUGGGAUUAUGAUGGGAGUGUUUCACAUCAAAAUCUUACCAGGGUAUUUUAAAAGCAAAAAAGCGUCCUGUCUACAAUUAUAUCAGCUGCUCCAAAAUAUCGCAAUAAAUAUCGUACCGUGAGAUUUGGAUAUCGUUACAUCCCUACCAGAUGCCCUUCCUGUCAACAGAUAACUAUUUAUUGCGCACAUGUUGUGUAUUUUCUUACCUAAUUUGACUCAGGAAGUGCCCGCUCUCCACCGAUCCAAUCUCGUUGUUUAUACAAGUAUAUGGAGCUGGAUUUUUACAUUUUUCACCUUGUUUACAAAUGUCUUUCAAGUCUCCUGUUUCAGUGUCUUUCAAAAUAUUUUGAUUGAUUUGAUUGAUUUUUUUUUUUUUUUAUAUGUUGUGCCGUCUAUUUCAUUAGAAUUAUGUUACUCCAAUACAUGUUUUUUCAAGAAUUUGCUAUUUUGAAGUGCCAUUUUGUUACAUUGGUGCUGUUGGCAAACUAAGAAUCCGUGUAUCUCGUUCAUUUUCAAUAUAAAACCAAAAAUAAGAAAACAAAAAAAAAAAAUUUCUUCAUUAUUUGUCUCCAAAACCAAAAUAGAAAAAACGGAUAACGAUUUGUUUUUUCAGUUUACGAUUUUGUGUUUAAAUGAAUAAUGGUAAAAAACGGAUAACGGCCGUUUCCGGUUUUCGUGACUUAAACAGCAAUGCCAAACUGAACCAGGACUAAAACAGGACUUGAACAGGUGUAAACCAGCUCUGAACCAGAAUUGAAAAGGGACUAAACCAGGUCUCAGUCCCGGGCUGGUCCCAGUUUGGUCCCGGUUUCCUAAUCACCCAACAGUCUACGUGGGCGCAUGUCCGGGCCAGUCCCGACAUUCCUGUUUCAGUCCUGUUUCAGUCCUGUUUCAGUCCUGUUUCAGUCCUGUUUCAAUCCUGUUUCAGUCCUGGUCUAGUCCUGGUCUAGUCCUGGUCUAGUCCUGGUUUAGGACUGAGACCAGGGCCAGACCAGGACCAGCACCUGAAGUGAGACUGAGACCCGGUUUAGACCCGGUUUAGACCCGGUUUAGACCCGGUUUA